UUUUGUUGUUGCUGUCGCUACAGAGGCUGCCUCCGAGUGUCAGUUUCAGCACCGCCGCCUCGGGUCCCUGGGGCUGGACUCCCCAGUCGCCCGCGCCCCUCCGCCGCCCGCGCGCCCCGGCCCCAGCCCGCGCCGCCCGGUUCCAAGCGGCAGCAGCCCGGCGCGCAGAUGGCGCACUCUGCGGCCGCAGUGCCUCUGGGCGUGCUGGAGCAAGGCUGCCCCAUCCGCGUGGAGCACGAUCGCCGGCGCCGCCAGUUCACUGUCCGGCUCAACGGAUGUCACGACCGGGCUGUGCUGCUCUAUGAGUAUGUGGGCAAGCGGGUUGUGGACCUGCAGCACACUGAAGUCCCUGAUGCCUACCGUGGGCGCGGCAUCGCCAAGCACCUCGCCAAGGCUGCCCUGGACUUUGUGGUGGAGGAGGACCUGAAGGCCCAUCUCACAUGCUGGUACAUCCAGAAGUACGUCAAGGAGAACCCCCUGCCGCAGUACCUGGAGAGGCUGCAGCCAUGACCUUGGCCAUAGGCGGGAGUACUCCCUCCGGACCUUCCCACUCGGCCUUUGCCCAGCCCCACGUGCUCUCAGGAACCUGGUCCCUCUGGGAACAGACGCAGAGUUAUUUUUGUAAGGAGCCUCAUCUGGCCUCACAUCCAGGUCCCUUAGGCAGCUGGCCAAGGAUGGGCAGAAACCUGUUGAUGGAGGUACAGGGGAGGCCAGGCAGUCUCAGCAGCUCCUACUCUGCAAGGGCGUCACAGAGGCAGCAUGGGGCCCUGUGUCAGUCUGGGUCCUGCCUGCCAUCCCCUGCUCAGCAAUCAGCAGGACCACCACCUCUCCUGGGCCUGCUGUGUCCUUUUUGCAAAUAAGAAGAAUGUUCCCUGGGAGCCAAGAGGAGCAAUAAGAAACCUCGUGUGCCAACAUCUGAAUGUGACAGUGCCAGGCUGCACCUGCCACGUGUGCUCCCCCUCUCUGUCUCAGACUUCUGGGCCUAGUGGGAGCCACAGGAAAGGGCAGUCCUCCCCAAUGGGAGAACCAAGGAGAGUGGUGGGCGUAGCACAGGCUCAGCUGUGCACGUACACAUGCAAACACACAUGAACACACGUGAACAUGUGAGCACAUGCAUGUGGGAUGUGGCGUGUGGCCAGGCUGGUGGGGGUGCAUGGUGGGUGUUCUGUCCUUGGUAUUCUAAUCUUAUGUUGGCCUCUCCUGCAUUGCUCUGCAGGACACCGACACCAUCCCUGGUGGGCUGCCCUCCCUGCACCCAUCUGCCAGGUGCAGCUCUGCGGCUACCCUGGGAACUGCAGGAUGAAUGGAUAUCUUAGAGCUGGGCUGGGAGGUGGACUGUCCAAAAACUACCUUCGUCACCCAAGAGGAAGAAACAUUUUCACUCAGAGGGGUUUCCUUUUCAGCCACUAGAUACCAGAGUGGCCUGUUUUGUGGCUGGCCAUAGUUAUGCAGGCUCUGCUGCCCAUUGAGUACUAGGGCUCCUCCCCAGAUGAGCCUUCCUGGACAUGGCCUGGACACCACUCCAGGACAUUUUGCUUCUUUGGGCCAUCCUGUCUGAGACCCUGCAGCUUUCCCAGGGGUUGGUUUGGGCUCAGGGUCCCAACUUCUUUUGCCCCAUUCCCCAAAGGAUCAGAUUUGUUCCUGUUCAUCUGUGGUGCUGGAGGGUUACCCAGGAGCUAGGGGUCCUUUGAACCUGAGACAUUAACACCGAAUCCCUUCGGGAUGGUGCGUCCCCUCCAGGCCUCGGGGAGGGGGUCUGGGACUGGACUUUGGGAGGUAGGGAGAGACUGACCAGGAUCCCCCAUGUCUUCCUCUGGUGCUGGGGCCAAGGGAGGGGUGGGUGCUAGGGCACUGGUUGCCACGGUGACCCCUCUAUCUGACUCCCUGGGGUCCCCUUUCUCUCCUUCAGCCACAUUAGCCCAGGGGCCCAUCCCAGUCAUGGUGCACCCUGGUCUUCCCGCUCCCUCGCCCAGGACCAUGGAGAUCAGCAUGUGUGAGGCCUGACAGCAUGCCUCUGGGGGGCCCAGAGCCCCCACCGCCAUGUUUCGGGCAUGGACCAGCAGUGGAGAUAUC